UUCACAUUGGCAUGGUAGUUAACUACUGCGUUCAAACUGUUGAGAGGCUCGAAAGUUGCCUAGUGUAAGAAGACAAGAUACCAACGAUGAACGGAUUUGCUUUUAUCAUUUGGUUUUGUGUCUCUGUGAUUUUGACACGAGCGGCUGUUAAGGCUGACCCUGGCGGUGAAUCUGGCAUAGUUCACAAGCAAACCUUUUCGUUCACUGCUUUGAUGAAAAGGCCAUGGAUCUACGAGGAACAAUCCGUUUACAGGGGCUUUCUUGUGGAUCUGAUGGAAAAGAUAUCCUCGAUUCUACGAAUUGAUUUCAAAAUUAUAACAUUGAUCGACGAUCAAUAUAACCGAACUCUUUCUGAGUUGCCUGGAGGGGUGCUUACAGAUAAUAUAUUGAAUACUGCAGAUUUCGGAUUUACUGACGAAACUAAACGAGAUGUUGGACCAAACGCCAGUUUUUCUCGCCCAAUUUUGUCAUCAGGGGCAAGGAUUUUAAUCCAAAAGCCAAAACUCAAAACGUACAACCCACUGUUGUUUAUGUUUUCUCCCUUUUCCACAUCAUUAUGGAUUCUACUUGUUGCUACUGUACCGACGGUGCUUGUAGGUAUGUUUUGUUUUGACAAAGCAGUUGCAAAGACAACGAAUCAAGAAGCCAUCAAGCAUUGGAAAUAUGUUGUAUAUGGGCGCAGAGGUGAUGUCACACGGGCACUGCGCAUUUCCCUGUUUGUGUUUGGCAUACUUAUGGCGUUUGUAUACGUUGCAUGCAUAGCCGGCAAAUUCAUGGAAUUAAAGAGAGAGCAAGAAGAUUCUGUACCAUUUAAGACUUUUCAUGAAAUGGUUACUCAGUCUGAAAUACAUUAUGGUGCUUGGUUUGGAAUACAGCUCAACUUUGCUGACGAUGAUCAGCGAAAGAUCUUCACUUACUUGAACACAAGAUAUUCGUAUUACAUGAACAUUAACGAAGCAGUGGAGAAAGUGAAAGCAAAGAACGGGAGAUAUGCCGCCAUUGUAGAUUCCCUCGAGGCUGAAUAUUUGAUUCUUAACGGCGAAUGCGACGUUCUGCUAUUAAGGGAUAUUUUAUUUCCUCUUGGCUACGCGUUUACCUGCUCCUCAAGCCAACAAGGCGUAGACCUGUGCGAGAACCUCUCAAUGGCCAUUUUAUUGCUGCAUGAAACUGGAGAUAUAGCUCUCUUACAAAGGAAAUGGUGGCCAUAUGAAUCCAAGUGCGAGGAACUCUCAGAGGAAGAUUUUGUAACAAAGAAGAUUUCCAAUCCGAAUGUUGAACCUUUGAACAUUGCAGAUGCGUUUGUUGCAUACGUUAUUCUAUGCUUUGGACUUGUGAUCUCUCUGUGUGUACGUAUUAAACAGCUGGUAAAGGCUGACAAACAGAGCACCGCUAAAGGAAAGAAUGACGUCACGGUUAAAUGUUCGGAGAAUGAGGAGUGUCUGGAAGUUUAGCUACGUGGUUGAUAGAAGUAAAGUCUACACAUGUACAUUACGCAUAUUAUUAUUUCGUUUUAAUUAACCAAUAGUAUGUAUAUAUAGUAACACAAGUUGUACCUCAACAUAUCAACGAUAUAUAACCACCAUAAGAUAUGACCUUUUCAUAGACAAUAGUAAAUUAUCAUGUCCUUCAGUUAAACCAUUGAGCAACAGCUAGUAAACGGGUAUAAAUCGACUGUCUUAAGAAAGAUAUUCAAUAAAUAAUGAAAAAAAAUGUGGAUUAAAUUCAUUUUCUGAAUAAAAAAUGUCCCUGAAAGAUGACCUUUCUUGUGGACAUGUGCAAAUGAUCAUCAAAUUCAAGUAAACGUACUCGCUUAUCGUUUAACUGCCAUUCAAGUAAAGCUAUUGCCUAUGUACGACGUACUCUUUCUUUAGAGUAUAAAUAAUUCAUAUUAUAAAUCUGCUCAAUAUGUUUGAAAUUAAUAAUAGUAAAAAUAAUAUAUAUAUAUAUGUUUGCCUUAUUUUUCUGUCAUUGCCUGACUAUGUAUUCCUAUUUGUAUAAC